AUGCCACAUCAAUUAAAAGUUUUUACUCUUCGUUGUAAGUAUAAAGCAACUGAUAAGAUCUUAAAUAACACGUGUUUUUUUAGGUCCAUCGGUGAAUUGAAAAUGAACCUUGUAUAACAGAGAUACAAUUCGAUAAAAUUCAAUAGCAGACAAUAUUCGUUUACAUGUUCAACAUAAACAGAUAAAAUAGAUUAUUUGAUCUUUGUCUUACGAGGGAACAUUCCCAGGUGCUAAAAAGCUUUUCAAGCGGGGAUGUGAUAAUUAGAGAGGGCAUAGCUAGCAGUGAUACACCUU